AUGUCCGACCACCAAUACACCUUCAACAUCUCCAUGAGCUGCGGCGGCUGCUCCGGCGCUGUCGAGCGUGUUCUGAAGAAGCUCCAAGGCGUCAAAACCUUCGACGUGAACCUCGAAUCGCAAACCGCAAAGAUCACCACAGAGCCGAGCCUUUCGUACGACACCGUUCUGGCUACUAUUAAGAAGACUGGCAAGGCUGUUAAUAGUGGGGAGGCCGAUGGGGAGAAGCAGGCUGUUUAA